AUGGGGGACGACGGUUCACAGGAGAAUAACUUCGGAGCGCCUGCUUCUGGAAACGCGCCUCCAGCAGCCAGUGCAAUCAGGAACAAAGUGGAUGUUCCGCCAGGGUAAACACAACUUACUAACACGUUUUUUAUUUCGGAAAUAACCCCACAUGAGAGGAGAAGAAAAACAGCGUUGUGUGGUUGCUCCACCGAAUCCCGAUCAGUAGAAUGAAAUAAAACCAGCUCUCUUGAAAUCGUCCUACUUCUGAAAUCUUUCCACGUCAUAAUAUAUUUCGGUUAAAUUUUGAUUUCACGUGAAUGUAUGCCGUGAUGGUAGUGUGUUUUCAUUUUUUCAAGCUUCAUACCGUAAUCCUGAUCAGUAGAACAAGAAAACGAACAUUCAAAGGGACUUAAUGGCAGCACAAAUCACUCUAACUGCUAGUUCAGGAACAAAAUGCCGCUUGCUAUCUUUUUCGCCAAUAAAAAACAGGUUUUACCUUUAUUGUUUGCCAAAAAGGACAGAUAUUGCUGAUAGUGAUGCGAAGGCAAAUCAAUUUUCAAAAAGGAAGUAUCUUCGGAAAUAAGGUGGCAAAGAAGAGAAAACUACAUACCACUACCGCCCAUCGAUAGAAAAGAUCACAUAUUCUCAUCUUUGUAGAUUCGGAAGACGUGUCAGUUCAGUGGAAGUUGUGAAAAACGCGAUGCCGCCGACGAAAAAGGCUUCCGUGGUCAUCUUCGAGACUCCGGACACUCCGAAAACUGAAAGGUCAGUCACAUUCUCCGCUCGUUGUGUGUCUUCUGUGGCCGAGCUCAAAGUCUCCAAUGAUGACGAAUUGUGGUUUUUUAGUUUUGAUGCCAAGUAAAUUUGAAUAGAAAAUGGAAAGCUUGGAAAUUGGGUGAUGCACCUAUUCAUUGAUAUUUUCCCGAUCUAUCACACAGAGACCUGUCUGUCCCCCUGAUGACGUCAUCAUUUCAUUGUGAUUAGUUGUAAAUUGCAUUGAAAGCUGAAAAAGAGAGAACGAGCGAGUGAAAGAGCACUGUUCCCAUUUUCUGUACAGUAUGAAUAACAUGUUCUUUUUUCUCUGCGUCUAGUCACUUGACAUCGCUCAAUGAGCUUAUUUAUUUAUCUAAAAAGAAGAGACAAAAUUUGUAUAUUAGCGCAAAAACUUCACUAAGCUUUCCACUAUUUCAAGAUUAUUUCUACUCCCUAAAGUCAGUCAGACAUGAUUAUUUCGAAAAGAGUGAAUCGCAAAGUUCGCUCGAUUCUCGUUCAAAUGUCUCAUGUCAAUGAGCUAUGGUGGGUACUCUUAUCCGAACUUCAGGUCUUUCCAUUAGUGUGUAAUUUCAAGUAUCUCAUUUUUACCGCAUGAUAAACUUUUCGACGUAGCUUUGCAGUUGAGAUACUGUUAAAGUUCGAAACUAUCGGAUGGUCACUCUAUCGGUUCAAACUCUCAAGCACCUGUUAAAUAACGUGAUACACAAGGAAAUGUGUUUAGUAAAUAGUGGGAUAAGCGAGUCAUUUAAUGAUUCGAGGAGGGGUCAGAUUAAUCUUGACAUCUUGAGAUUUUCGAGUGAUCCGAAAUUGAGACCGAGGUUUUUUGACCAGACUGUCCAUUCCUAACGGAAAAAUCAUUUAGUUCCUUUCUCACAAGUGCAUUUGAACUAAUAGUAAAGUUAAGUCACUACUAUACAGUAAUUGGAUCGUUUUUGCAUGUUCCUGAGGUUAGUUUCCAACCAACUUGCUCAUUCUUAGCUUCUUAUGUAAAUGCCUGUGUCAUACUGUAGUUGAGAAGAUUAUGGAAAACUGUGUGAUCGCGAAUGUCAUGUCACAUUCACAUGCGCAAAUUGAACAGACAACAUUGGGGGCAAAAUUUCGAGAGAAUUUCGAUCGGCGACUGAUAGGGAAAGAGAUUUGUCGACAAUAUUAUCUCUUCUCGGCUGAUUGUUUCUUGUGGAACUUGAGAAGGCGUAUCACCAGUGGAAUGGCCACACGGACGGCUGCGUCGCCACCGAUUUAUCCUUUUCCGUUUAUUUCCGUUUAACACUAUUAUUAUUAUUGUAUCAAAACGGAAGCGCUUUCUAUUUCUUCUCGAUCAACACAAAAUGCAAGAUCACUAAUCUCUCCGGGCCCAUUCAAACUUUUGACUGAGAAAACCCUUGCCCUUUUCCCAUCAGAUCUUUUCGAUCGACCAAAAACAGGUUUACUAGAUGAUAGUGAUCCUGUGGAACAUUUUAAAAAGUUAUCAAUCAAUUAUCGAUAUAAAACUAUAGACAAAGGAAUUCGGAUUCAGGAAGGCUUCGUCGUGGUGGCGUAAUUUGAUAAUGGACGACGAUAAAACGGCGCCAGCGCAGCCCGAAAUCAUAAUAUCGCCUGAGCAUGCGUAAGUUUCGUUAUUGUAGUCAAAAUACAUAAGGCUUGGGUUCGAAAUCAAAUCGUUAUUUAAAUAAAUAUUAUUGGCAAUCGCGCUUUACCGCUCUCCAUGUGAAUUGAGUGCUAAAUUGGAAAAGUUCGUGGCCGUGGACUGGUUUUCACGUGAGAUUGCGGUGGAGCGACUUUGCCAGAAGAGAUGCUAAUAACUAAGUGUAACCUUUUCAACUUUAACGUGUGUGUUCUUUACUCAGAAUCGGUAAGAAACUAGCCAUCACUAAAAAAGAUAAUGUGAAAAUAAAAAACGUUCAAAGAAUCAGUACUCUAUAUUUAUGGUUUUCAGCGGAAAUGGGCUCGAAGACCGUCAUCGUAACAUUUCAACAGCAAGCGUUGGAGACCGUGAGUUUAACUGCCUUCAAACAGACAUAAAACAGAGGACGGGCGGAACACUUGAAAGCAUUGAGUCUUUCACUGAUAGGAGUCGAUGAUUCAUUCCCUGGUCAUAUUUGCAUGGUCUUUCUUUCACCAUCUAUACCGUCCUUUUUUUACAAUCCGCCAGUUUUUCUUUCAUCAUCCUUGAGAAGAAUUGUUCCUUUCUUUCUUUUCCGCAUUUAAUGACCUUGAGCAGCUGACGCAAAAGAGCUAUUCGGAAAUUAAUGUGACGCGGCGCCGCGCACCAAUGAUGGCCAACACCCGCCAAUUAUUCAUGCCAUUUCGGUUUUAUGUUUAUCAUUUUCAUCCGCAAUUCGAAUUCUGCAACCACAAACUGCUAGGAAAUUUCGAACAUUCCUAAUGGAAAUCAUCAGAGUUCAAACGAUUACUGUAUCGAUUGAAAAGUUCACUUGUAGCUGACUGUACGCGCAAAACCUGCAAUCACUUUCGGAGGAAAAGUGAUGGAUAUUCCCCAGAAACUUUACUUUUCAAGUUACAUUUUGCACAUUCUUUUUGAUAAUUGUUCGAAAAUUCGCAGAUUAUUUAUUAUAGGGGCACCGCACAGAAAUGGCGCUCUGUUGAGAAACUCCGUUUGCAGUGCAAAUUGAGCGACCUCGGGGCCGAGUUUGAAAAGUUAGGCCGCAUUUUCAGUGGAAAAUUACUUCGCGGCCUAGAAAUUCGGCCCGAUUGCGAACAGCGCGCCCUUUCUGUCCGGUGCCCCUAUAAUAAUUGCAUGCACUGAUAGCGCAAAAUCAGAAGAAAAAUUUUCUGACCCGUUUUCUACAUUAUAUGCAUUAGAAAGUAGAUAAAAUCUCUUGACUCAUUCCUUUCGUCGCUUUAACUAAACGCGUGAUGUGUGCCGAAUAAUAAACAAACCACUGCUUCGUGAUCUGAAAAUAGAAAAACAUAGGCGAUUCUGCUUGCCGAAACGCUCGUCGAUUACUGAAAAACAGUGCCGCAGUUUUGCAAGAAAAACGGGGGGCACCCCGUUCUUUUUCGCCAUUAUUUGCUAAUGUUUUUGAAAUGGUUCUACCUCUCACCAAAUUAUUUGUCUUGUGAGUGAUGAUACCAAGGUUUCGAACUCCCACACACGUACACUUCAAAUUCCUCUCUGGGUUUCUUCUGCUUUCUAGCUUUUGCUCUUCAUAAAUCACACGAAGAGCUGUGUUUUCUGCGCUAUCACAUUAAUUUACAAAUUGCGUUAUCGCUGCCAACAACCAUACUAAAUUCCUCGUCGUCGUUGAUAAUAAACCAUCUCGCCUUCUGUCGCAACAAACUUCAUAUUUUACCAAUUUCCUGUCGCUUCAGCCGUCCCAUUCCGUCCGCGUGUCAAUCAAUUCGACAAAAAGUAAUCUUACACCAACCUCAUUCUAACUCAUCGUCGAAAAUAACGUCGAAUGACGAGCGUGCCGUUCAAAUUUGUCGUCGGUGGCGAUGAUCAUGACUCUGGGAGUGCUCACGAGCACUCUAGUCUCUUGUCAACACACCAUCAGGUCGGACCAACGGAUAGCGGCCCUACAACUAGCUCCGCAGGAAUAACUAGAGUUCCCACAAAAGUUUCUUCUAGAUUCUUGCUGUCAGUGGAAACUGACGCUCCGCCGCCGAUGACUAGAGAUGACAGCCAUAGUAGGUUUUGAAUGCUUACAAGUGUUUCAAAAAAAUGCCUGUUGUCUGUUUCUCUAGAAAAAUCAUUUCUUAACUUCUAGUUACACUCCUUUAGGAGAACUCUACGCAUGGGGAUCAAACAAAGAUGCAGGCGGAAACCACAACUUGGCGCUCUUCGAGGAGCCUUCCAUGCCGUUUUUCUCCAGUUAUCUGAAAGCUCACAUCACUCCUGGGCCUUUGGAGAGAGCCCAAAGCUCAUCUCAUGGAGGUCACGGUGGAAAAGCUGAUCUGGGAGUGCUGCUCGGAGUUUAUCUUCCAACUAUACAGCACAUUCUCGGAGUCACCAUGUUCAUUCGUCUCUUCUGGCUUGUUGGUAUCGCUGGGCUUGGACAAACCUUCCUCCUUCUCUUCCUUUGCUGCUUCUGUGUUAGUUUUUUAAAAGCUUGAUUUUUAGCUGGAACUCUUGUUUUUCAGACAUUCCUCACGUGUAUUUCGAUUUCUGCAGUCGCAACCAACGGCGUCGUUGAGAGUGGUGGAGCAUACUUCAUGAUAUCACGUAAUCUGGGUCCAGAAUUCGGAUCAGCAGUUGGAAUACUGUUUUAUCUCGCUAACACCGUCGCCACAUCCAUGUACCUCGUCGGAGGAGUUGAAAUAUUGCUGGUAAUCAGUUUUGCUCACUAGGUUUCGGUCAUAAUUUCAGUGUUUCAGCUUUACAUCUUUCCUGGACUCACUUUCGGCGGAGUUGAAGGACAACACGACACUUGUAGGCUCAUUUUGAUAGAAAUCGUAUCGACAAUCAAACAAUUAUUUCAGCCCUGUUCGGAACAAUGACGAACUCUCUCCGUUUCUAUUCCACCAUACUGCUUCUCAUCGAGUUUGCCAUCGUCGCCAUGGGAGUGAAAUUCGUUCAAAUGCUCGCCCCAGUUUCUUUGCUUUGCGUGAUAGUCUCGAUUCUAGCUUGCUACGCUGGAGGAAUCACCAAGACUAUGUACCCUGAUUCCGGACAAUAGUAAUAUUUCCUUUUCACUUCGUCAUACAAUAUUGUUCAUUUUCCAGUGUGUGCAUGUAUAACGACCGUCUUCUUCAAUCGGCUUCCGUAAUUCCACCCAAUAGUAACGCUUCUUUGGAAUCAAUCUGCGAUUUCUGUGGAAAAAAGUGAGUUUUUUCCCAAGGAUUUACAACUUUUCCUCAAUUUCGUUGUACGGUAUUAUGGCGGCAUUUCUCUGCAAUCGCGCUCUAUUUCCUAAUCAGACCGAGUUUCUCGGCCGCGGAAUAUUUUUAAUGGUUUUUUUCACUUAAUCAUCCAGUCUGAAUGUGACCGAACUUCAUUUUUCUUCAAACUCGAGGUCAUUGCAAUUUGCACGGCAAAAAAAGUCAAAAGAGAGCGAUUGCAGUGAAGUCCACCAUAAUAUGAUGAAUUUUACAGCAACACGUUCCUCAUCGACAAAGUGUGCGGCUCGAGUGGCUGCAAUGAAACGUUGUCCAAUCCAUUCCAAUGUGUCAACGGAUUCCCAGGAUUUGUCGGAGGUCAAACUCUUCUUGCAAACCUCGGACCGAACUAUGUCGGAAAGGAGGAGUCUAGUGUCGGCCGGCCUGCUGAUAAGAAAACCGAUGUGUAUCAAGAUGUUCGAACCACGUUCUUCGUGCUUCUGGCUAUUUAUUUCCCAGCCGUAACAGGAAUUUUCACCGGAGCCAAUAUGAGUGGAGAUCUCAAGAAUCCACAAGCGUCGAUCCCCGCCGGAACAAUUGCUGCCAACCUCACCACAUCGUUCAUCUAUUUCUCCCUCGCAUUCAUUUUCGGUGGAGCCAUCGAUGGGAAUGUUCUCCGAGACAAGUUCGUUUUUUUUUCAGAGUUUCGAUUAUUUACACGAAUAAUUCGUUCCAGAAAUGGACAAUCGGUUGGAGGUCAGAUGGUUGUUGCACUUCUUUCCUGGCCAUCGCCGUGGGUUCUUCUUAUUGGAUCGUUCCUUUCCACGUUCGGAGCAGCUCUGCAGUGCUUGUGCUCAGCACCGAGACUUCUUCAAGCCAUUGCCAAAGAUGAGGUUAUUCCUAUACUGUCGCCAUUCAAGAAAGUAACAGCCAACAACGAGCCAUUCCUCGGUCUCAUACUUACCACUCUCAUAGCUGAACUUGCCAUUUUGAUGGGUGGUAUGGACACAAUUGCCGCAGUUGUCGACUUCUUCUUCCUAAUGUGUUACGCCUUCGUGAACAUCAUCUGUACUCUCCACUCACUUCUGGGAGCUCCAAACUGGCGUCCAAGAUUCAAGUACUAUCACUGGUUCCUCUCGCUUCUCGGAGCCAUUCUCUGCUUCUUCAUCAUGUUCUCGACUCACUGGGAUUACGCCAUUGUGGCCUGUCUUCUGUGUCUGGCCAUUUACAAGUAUGUCGAGUGGAAGGGAGCCAAGAAAGAGUGGGGAGAUGGAAUCCGAGGUCUUGCUCUGACUACUGCUCAGUACUCGCUCAUGAAGAUCGAAGACAAGGAGCCACAUCCGAAGAACUGGCGGCCACAGCUUCUGCUUCUGCUAUCUAUGCAAUGGUCGAAGGAAAUAAUUGAUGUGCGCUAUUUGAAUCUACUAAACCUUGCUUCUCAACUCAAGGCUGGAAAAGGAUUGACUGUUGUGACCGCCUUCUUGAAGGGAGACCCGACGAGUCCAGAUGACAAGAAGAAGGGAGAACAAGUGAAGCAACGAAUGGAUUUUGACAUGAAUCAAGUGCGUUUGCGUGGUUUCGCCAAGACAUUGGUUCACUCCGAGGAUCAAAUCUACGGUUCCAUGUCGACUUUGGUGCAAUCGGUCGGUCUCGGAGGAUUGAAGCCGAACACGAUGCUGAUUUCGUGGCCAGUGCAUGAAAGAGAGGAGGACCUGACCGAGUACAACACUUUCAUUGAGAAGGUUCAUGCAGCCUCGGUCAACGACAUGGCUAUCGUCGUGGCCAAGGGAAUCAUUGACUUCCCUUCGUCCGUAUUCCGGAUGAGUGGAAUGAUCGACGUCUACUGGAUUGUACACGAUGGUGGUUUGUGCUUACUCAUGGGAUACCUUCUGAAGCAACACAAGGUUUGGAGAGGAUGCAAGCUGCGUGUCAUUGGAAUCGCUCAAGAAUCGGAUAACAAUGUUAAGAUGCAGGAGGACCUUCAAAAGUACGUCUAUCAACUCAGAAUCGACGCCAAAAUUAUGAUCGUCGAGUUGGCUGAUCCAGAAAUCUCGAAGAAUGCUUUCGAACGUACACUUCUGAUGGAGGAGCGGACAAUGAUGAUGCGAGAUCUACAGAAAGUGUCUGGAGGAAUGACGCUGUCGUUGCCACCAUCAGCGCAGCGUGCUGUUUCGCCACUUGUGACUGCAGAAAAGCAAGUAUCCAAGGAUUCAGACGAUGGAACGACGGGAAGUGAAGAAGAGAAGAAGGAGGAGAGCCAAGAAAAGACCAAGAAGGAACGCAUGAAGGCAUUAGACCGGUCUAAAGUAUCCAAGAUGCACACGGCAGUCCGAUUGAAUGAGUUGCUCCUGCAGCAUUCCGCCAAUUCGCAGUUGAUCUUGCUCAACCUGCCCAAGCCCCCAGUGCACAAAGAUCGUAAGUUAUCUGAUAAUUUUUCUCUAAAUUAACAAUUAACAAUUGUUUUCAGAACAAGCACUUGAUGACUACGUGCACUAUUUGGAAGUGAUGACAGACAAGCUGAAUCGAGUAAUCUUCGUCCGCGGAACGGGCAAGGAAGUGAUCACGGAGAGCUCUUGA